GACUAUAUCUGGAGCACAAUGUUUGGUCAGAGCAUCUCCCUGCAGCCGGUCCCGAUCCAGAGCCUCUCUGAACUGGAGCGAGCGAGCUUACAAGAAGUGGCCUUCGUACACCUGCAGAGGAAAGACCUGGGCUGCCAGAUCACCAUACCCAAAGAUGGGCCGAAGAGGAGGAAAUCCUUCAGACUAAAGCUGGAUUCACUCGCCAAGGAAAAAAAGGACAAAGAGCUGAAUCCACUGGGAUUUGGGAUCCCUCUGUCUCAAGUCAUCGUCAAUGACCGUGUUCGCAAGAAGAAGAAGGGUGCAGCGAAGGAGGGCCGGAGGGACUGCCUGGCUCUGGAGACCACAGUGAUGACAUUCCGCGCCAAGAGACAGCACAAACAUCUGUCGAAGAGCAACAUGUACCUGAACUCGGAAACAGACUUUAGAAAUGAGCCCAUCUCUCCCAUCUUCCUGGACAGAGUGUCCAGAGGUCACAGAAGGGGUGCCCUGUCUGUGGAUUGCAUCACGGAUCUGGACGAUAACCAGUCUCGCUUGCUGGAAGCCCUGCAGCUGUCUCUGCCGGCUGAGCUGGAGGGCAAGCGGAUGGCCAAGAGCAAAGAGAAGCACAGCCUGAACCCCAUCUACCAGCAGGUUCCCAGGAUAGUGCAGCAGUGCUGCCAGCACAUUGAGACAUACGGCCUGCAGACAGUCGGUAUCUUCAGAGUUGGAAGUUCCAAGAAAAGAGUUCGGCAGCUGCGGGAGGAGUUUGACCAAGGGCUGGAUGUGAGUCUGGAUGAGGAGCUCAGUGUCCACGAUGUGGCUGCUCUCCUGAAGGAGUUCCUGAGGGAUUUGCCGGAACCUCUGCUCCCCCGGGAACUCUACACCGCCUUCAUCAAUACAGUGGCCCUGGGAUACAGUGAGCAGCUCUCAGUCCUGAAGCUGCUCAUCUACCUGCUGCCGCCAUGUAACUGUGACACUCUGCUCAGACUGCUGCAGUUCCUGGCCAAGGUGGCCAGCUACGCCUAUGACACCAUGGGACAAGACGGCCAAGAGAUCGUCGGGAACAAAAUGUCCAUCUCCAACCUGGCCACCAUCUUCGGCCCCAAUCUUCUCCAGCGGGAGAAGAGCUUGGAGAGGGACUAUAGUGCCGAGGCGGAGGAGAGCUCAGCCGUUAUCACUGUGCUGCAGAGACUGAUCGAAAACCACAACAGCUCUUCACUGUGUCUCAGGAGCUGCAGCAUGAGGUGCUCUCCAGGCUGCUGAAGACGGAUGCAGACGUGGUCCACUAUUUGCUGCGCAGGAGACGGCAGGGCCAGACGGCCGUGGAUGAAGAAGCGGAAAGCUUAGGAAUAAUGGGAAUCCACUCCCCAAAGACCGCGUCCAAUCCUGGGAGUGUGGACGUCUCAGCCCUCAGACCUGUACCCGAGCCUGUGCCGCUCUCCGCACCCCAGGGACAGUGAAGAGAAGCUCGAGGACCCCAGCCUGUGCUUUGCUGUGCCAGCCCCCCACCACUGCGGACGGACACACCCUCAACAGCCACAGACACUGAGCAGGCUGGAGACGGGCAGGAUAUCGGGUUCAUACGAAAACCUGAGCAGCAGCAGACGGACACGGCCC